CACGAUGAUAUAAACAAACCUGCCUCUGGACAUGUCAUGGCUUAAAAUAGAUGUUCAUAUAUCAGCCUUUCUACAGCAGCAGCAGCGGCAGCAACAAGAGCUGCAGCAGUAGGAAGACAUGGCCGACUGGAUCUGACUAGAAAACUCACCCUGAGCUGAGAAAUCACAGCCUGCACAAAGCCGCUGAAAACAGCUGGCCAGCGCGGAGCCGCUGACGGGAACGGAGCUGAGAGGACGGGACUGUGGGUGACGGCAGCUGCAGCGUUAUCACCCACAGGGAUGCAUCGGGGGUCUCGGGAGCUCCAAUGGCGUUUAUGUCCAGGUUCUCCAGAAGCAGCUCCAGGUCACCCAGCCGGGGGUCUCAGGAAGAUGCCAGCAACCACCCCAUCCUCAGUGUCUUUGAGCUGGAGAGGCUGCUGUACACGGGGAAGACAGCCUGUAACCAUGCAGAUGAGGUCUGGCCAGGACUCUACCUGGGAGACCAAGAUAUAGCAGCCAAUCGGCGUGAGCUGGCCCGCCUGCGCAUCACCCACAUCCUCAAUGCGUCGCACAGCAAAUGGAGAGGGGGUGCUGAGUACUAUGAAGGCACCGGCAUCCGCUACCUAGGCAUUGAGGCCCACGACUCGCCCAGCUUCGACAUGAGUCCCUACUUCUACCCCUCAGCUGACUUCAUCCACCAGGCGCUGAGCGAGAGAGGAGGAAGGAUCCUCGUCCACUGUGCCGUCGGGGUGAGCCGUUCAGCCACCUUGGUCCUCGCCUACCUCAUGAUCCGCCACCGUAUGACCCUGGUGGAAGCCAUAAAGACUGUCAAGGACCACCGCGGCAUCAUCCCCAACCGGGGCUUCCUGCACCAGCUGGUCUCCCUGGACAACUCCCUGAGGCUGAAGCGGCGAGCAUGAGUGGGCAGGGGAGGGGGCGCUGUUCAGUGUCCGGCACUCAGCCCAGCCCUACUGCCAGCUGAGCAGCAGACACAGGGCUUUCAUCAUGGGGCAGGCGCUUGGCAGGCACAGCUGGGCUCCCUUGGGUCCUCAAGGAGUGGAAGCUAUUCAGAGGGGCCCCCAACCUGCAGCUCUGUCGUCUGUGGAGGCCUAACAUGCAGCCUCCUUCCAGGCUGCAAGACUUAGAGGUGCACCCCACAGGGACUAUUAUCCCAUGUCUCGGGCUUCUCUUCCCCUCACCCUGCUGGCUCUGGGAAGCCCAAAUGGGUUGGUUCUGCCAGCGGGCACACCCAGGCAGCAAGCCAGCCCUGCCUGUCAUUCCUACGAGAUCCAAGCUGCGUACAUUUCUUGGUGGCAAUGAGAAUUAGGCAAGGCCCAUGGUGUCGUAGACUUGGGGUGCCCUCAGUGUAAAACAUUUACCUGUAAGAAUAAAGUUACUGCAGAGGAAAAACA